AUGCGGAUCCACCCCUACUCUACCUUUGUGGAUCCGACGAAAGCCUUCGACACGGUGAAUCGCGGAGGACUGUGGAAAAGCAUGCAGAAAUUCGGCUGUAGCCAACGACUCACACAGAUGGUGCGUCUGCUCCACGGUGGCAUGAUGGCGCAAGUCAAAGACAAUGGAGAUAUCUCAGAGGCGUUCGCAGUGACCAAUGGAGUGGAGCAGGUCAACAUCAUCGCGCCUACGCUCUUCAGUCUCAUAUUCUCUGCCAUGCUGAUGGACGCCUACUGGGACGAACGCCCUGGGAUCCGCAUCGCCUGCAGGAUGAACGGCCACCUCCUCAAUCAGAGGCGGAUGCACUUCCAGUUGCGUGCAUCCACAACCACUGUCCACGAACUUCUGUUCGCCGACGUCUGCACCCUCAACACCACCUCGAAAGCGGACAUGCAAAGUAGCAUGGACCUCUUCUCCGCCGCCUGCGAGAACCUCAGACUGGCCAUCAACACGGAGAAGGUGACUGUCAUGCACCAACCGCCACACAACACGCCAUCCCCCACAAUGCGCCGCAAAUCAGCGUGA